GAAGAAAAAACAGUGUUCCAGACGAAGGUCACAGAAGGAAAGAUUUCAGUUUCGGAUACAGCAGGGGCGCAGAAGGAAACUAACGAGCAGAGGAAAGGAAAGAAUCUUCGCUAUACAGAAAAGGAAGGUUUUCAAAACCAAGGAAUAGGCAACCAUAGUAAGAAAUAUGCAGAUCAACCUAAAUUACGGCAAGGAGUGCAACAAGAAGGAAUAUGGAAACCAAAUCUGGCACAAAAGGAAAUAGUUGGUAAAGGAAACUUUGUGAAGGAAAGGUCUGGUAUAUCUAUACAAGAUGUCGCUUUAGAAAUUGAAGGGAAUAUUUCGAAAUCAACCCCUAGAAUCCUAGAAAGAGGUGAGCACUCAAGGAAGGAUAUGGAAACUAAUAAUUUGCAGAAGGUUAUGGAAACUAAUAAUUUGCAAAAGGUUAUGGAAACUAAUAAUUUGCAAAAGGUUAUGGAAACUAAUAAUUUGCAGAAUCUUUUGAUUAGAGAUCUCCCCCAUUUGAAUGACUUUCCUGAUAAAGAGUUACCAGUUACAGACGAUGGAUAA